GGCUCUUCUACCGCACGGUGUCCCAGUCUGCUCACCGUUCAACGGAGUUUUUCUGAGCCGCUGGACGCGCACAGGAGCGUGAAGCAGCGAGAGCCCCUGGUAAAUAUGUAACCGUGCAUCGAGAAACAUUCAUGUUUCCAACAAGACGAGGAGAAAAUGGAGCCAGCGGCGAAGAACCAGUUGUGGCUGCGCGGACUUGUGUGGUGGUCGCUCCUGAUCCGCCUGGUGUGGGGAGCUUCCUUCUAUGGUGACGGCUUUGUGCAGCUCAAGGCAGCAGAGUCGUCCGACCAGAAUGCGCUCCGCGUUCGCUUCCGGACGUCCACCACCGACGGCCUGCUGUUCCUCGCCGCCGGCCAGCCCAACUACUUGCUGCUGGAGUUUGUCGCCGGCCGCCUGCAGGUUAAAGCAGACUUUGGAUCGGGGCAACGAGUGUUGGAAUCAGAACGAGGCAUCCACCUCAAUGAUUUAGCCUGGCACAGUGUGGAGGUCCACCACUUCCAGCUUAACCUCACCCUGACUGUUGAUAAAAACUCACACACAAGUGUAAAGAUGCCAGGAACCCAUCAGCAUCUUCACAUUGUGGACGGUCUCUUCGUUGGAGGCUCAGGGGGCCUGGACAGAUCUUACUUGCCAAGAGACCUAACUGGCUUCCGAGGCUGCAUGGAGGAGGUCGUCUUCAAUGAACACGAGUUGCUGUUGUCACUUCGGCCAAACGCCGGAUACAAAAACGUUCACGAAGUGUCAUUAGGCUGCAGCCCCCAGUUCUUUGCCACAGUGGAAGAUCCGAUAAGCUUCUUCAGCUCUCGAGCAUAUAUUUCUUUUCCAACAUGGAAAGUCCAGCAAGCAGCUGUAUUCGAGUGUGUUGUGCACACUUCAGCUAAAGAAGGAAUUAUCCUCUACAGUUCAGCCCGAGACGGGGAUUUUGUGGCUCUGGAGAUUCAGGAAGGAUUACCAGUGGCUGUUAUUGGAAAAAGUGGAGUCAAAGUAGAGCUACGUUCACCCACUUUCAUCAGUGACAGGAAGUGGCAUGCGAUCAAAUUACAUUUCAGUUCCAGAAGCUUUGAGCUCUCUGUGGAUGGAGAGGUGUGGAAGAGCAGCAUCAGGGCUCGCUCAAAGGGACUCCACCUGAAAGGUUACAUGUUUGUCGGAGGUGUCGACGAUAGCACCAGAUCAGAUGUGAGGAAGAUGGGGCUCAUCUCUGUGUCCGGAAAGCGUGUCAGAGGCGGUUCCUUCAAAGGAUGCCUAAAGAACAUUGAAGUAAACGGAGUUAAGAUUGGUCUAUCUAGCGCUCUAGUCACCAAAGAUAUCUCUGUAGGCUGUGAGCCAGAAAGACCUCCAGAACUGCCUACGGCAGCUAGUCCCACUAGUACACCACAACCCCUUUUUCCCUUUGUAACGCCAACCCCAUCCUUUUACAUGUCUACCCUAGCAGCUGGCUUGGACAGAAAGUAUGGGUUGAAUUUUGUGCACUUUAAAAACCUUGUGGUCCCAGAGGGUGGUCGAGCGUCUCUCGAGGCAAAACACAUCAAAGUUUUUUUAGACUUUAAAAGUCUUGGUAUCAGACAGUCUCAAGUUGUGUUUAAAAUUCAAGAGCAACCAGUUAGAGGUCAGAUAAGGCUGGAUGUUGACCCAGACCAAGAGGAGAACACCUUUAGCAUGCUAGAUCUUUGGCACGGCAGAGUGAUGUACGUCCAUGGAGGCUCAGAGGAACCGGAUGACUUUUUCAUCUUUUCCCUGUUUUGUAAUACUAGAAAGCAAGUUCCUAAUUAUCUGAAGGACAAUAGACUGUACCGCUACAACAUUACAGUGACCCCUACCAAUGAUGCUCCUGAACUGAGCCUUCCUGAGGGAAACCUCUUCGUUCUGCUGGAGAACUCUAAGAAAUGCCUCACCUCAGAUGUUCUGAAAGCCACAGACAUAGACAGCAACCACACUGAGUUGGUUUUCUCUGUGCUUGGAAACCUGAACGUAGAUGCUGGCCAUUUGGAAAUCGAAAGCAACCCUGGCAUGGCAGUGACCACAUUUUCACAAGCAGACUUGGAUGAAAUGAGGGUGUACUAUGUUCACACGGGGGUUCGAAACUCCAGAAUAGUCCUCAGGGUUAGUGAUGGAGAAAAAGUCAGCAACACUGUGGUUUUAAGAGUCAUGGCCAUAGCACUGGAGUACGAGAUCGCCAACAAUACCGGGCUUAAGGUCGUUCAAGGAGAGGUGGCUGCCAUUGGUUCAAAGCAGUUAGCCGUAAAAACGAAUGCAGUCAAACAAGUUAUCGACAUCCGUUAUGAUGUUAUUGAAGCCCCGCAGUUUGGAGAACUUCAGAGGCUUCACUCAAGCGGUGAAUGGAGGCAUACAGAGUCAUUUUCUCAAAGACUUUUGGAAAAAGAGCGCCUGAGAUACAUGAACACUUUUCAAGAUGUCCAGACCUCCAACGUCACCGAUUAUUUUAAGUGCAAAGUUCAUAUAGCAGCAAGAGCAACCACGGAAAUACUUUUUCCAAUCACAGUGUCGUGGGUAAGGUACCGUUUGGUAAGGAACAUAAUGAUCAACAUGGAUAAAGUAAGGAAAGUGAGGCUUAGUUCGGACUAUCUUCUUGCCGCUGUUGAAGGUGUGACACUGUCAGACGAUGAGCUUUUCUAUCGAGUCCUCACCAUCCCAAAGAAAGGAAAGCUUCUUCUUGACAAUGAAGUGUUAACCAAGAACUCGACCUUCAGCCAGAAAAACUUAACAGAUCUAAAAGUCCAUUAUGUGUUAGUGGACAGACCAUUUGAAGAUACAACUGACAGGUUCAAAUUUCAACUGGUUUCCAAACAUGCUCAGUCGCAAAAUUCCGAUUUCCAGUUCUCCAUCAAAGCUGACAUCAACAAUGUGUUCAUCAAAAAUGAGGGUUUGUCUCUAAUGGAGGGAGAAAGCAAACUUAUCACAAAAGACGACUUGUUUGCUGAGACUUUGGGUACUAAGGACAUGUACUACACGGUGAUCAGCAGCCCCAGACACGGAAAGCUGGCCCGCAUCACUCAAUCUAAUUCUAACGCUAGCUACGACAACAUCUUCUUCUUUACCAAUCAGGAUAUAUUGGAGGAGCGGUUAAUGUACAUCCAUGACGACAGUGAAACCACUCUAGACGACUUUUACUUUAUAGCUUCCACCAGCCAAGAGUUUAAGUCUUCCAUCGCAGAAAAUGAAAUUGGUUCCAAAGAAGGAUGGUUUAACAUCACGAUUCAGCUAGUAAAUGACCAAAAGCCAAUUCGAAUAAUUGAUAAAGUUUUCCACGUCGUAAAAGACGGGCAGAAGUUACUCACCGUGGAAGAUCUGCGUUAUCACGACCCCGACUCAGACUUUGACGAUGGUCAGCUGGUCUACACGCGGCGUGGGAUCCCAGUGGGAGAUCUAGUGCUGGCCAAUGACUCCACCCAUCAGCUCUUACAGUUUCGACAGAGCGAUCUAGAAGAAAAAAAGGUGUUGUUCAUUCACAAAGGUGCAAGCUCUGGUCGGUUCGUGCUCUUCAUCUCUGAUGGGAAGCAUUUUGUGUCAAGCCUCUUGGACAUCAGCGCUCAAGACCCAUUCCUGAAGAUUGGCAAUAAUUCUGGUGUGUUGGUUCAAAAGGGGAAAUCUGUGACCUUUUCCAGCAAAAAUUUCAGCUUUAUAUCAAAUCUGGACCUCAGACAUGACACGGAGGUCAUUUUCACGCUGGAUGAGGCUCCCAAGUAUGGAGGCCUCUAUAACAAUCAAUCAAAGGUGGAGUCAUUCACACAGGAUGACUUAAAGAAGGGACUGAUCACCUAUCGGCACGAUGACAGCAAGUAUCUGGCUGAUUCUUUCAACUUGACUGUAAAGGCUAAAGGUCUGGAGUUGAAACAAAGAGUGGGGGUGAAGGUUUACCUGGAAAGUCAUCAGAGGCCCCCGAUCGUGCUUCGUCAGGAGCCUCUGCUGGUGGAGGAGGGAAAACCAGUUAAGAUUGAUGAGACCAAACUGGAGGUCACCCAUGAGGACAACCUGCCAUCGGAGAUCGUCUUUUCAGUGAAGGUAGCCCCGUCUCACGGCUUUCUCCGGCGUUUUGUUGAAGGGGAGAAGCGCUACAUCGGAAACAAACACUCACCCGUCGAGACGUUCACCCAAGACGACAUCAACAGCGGAAACAUUCAGUAUGUGCAGGUGGAGCCGGGCAAAGCUAACGACAGCAUCGUCCUGGACGCCAGCAACGGGGUCACUGUCGUCGGUGACAUUAGGAUGUCUGUCGACAUCAUCCCGCUGCUCAUCCCCCUCCACGCCUCUAAUUUCUCUCUGAAGGAGGGAGCUUCCAAGGCUCUGACUCAGGAUGUGCUCAAAGUCACCAACCGACACUUUUCAGGAAUCAACUUCUUCUAUAGCUUGACGGAGCCCCCGCAGCACGGUCACAUUGAGCAUUCCCGACAUCCUGGCGUGCCUGUAACCACUUUCACCCGGAGGCAGGUGGAACAUGAAUUUAUCUACUACGUCCACGACAGCAGCGAAAGCUUGGCUGAUCACUUCACUGUGGUGGCCAACGACACCAGCCUGAGAAAGCAGAGUUCACCCCAGACGGUGUUCGUGGACGUUACAGCUGUCAAUGACGAGUCUCCUGUCAUUACUGCCAACAGGGUCCUCCGGGUUUGGGUGUCGUCAGUCACAGAAAUCCGACAGGUAGAUCUGAGAGCGGAGGACCUGGACACCCUUCCUGAUGAACUGCACUUCAUGGUGACCCCGCCGAGCAACGGACACCUGGCUCUGAAGAGCGCCCCCAUGAGGCCAGUGCUGAACUACACACAGGCGCACAUAGACCAGGGUCAGCUCCUGUUUGUCCAUAAAGGUGCCAUGUCUGGCGGGUUCAGCUUCCAAGUCAACGAUGGAGUGAACUUUUCUCCGAGGCAGAUCUUCAGCAUCACCGCCAAAGCUUUAGUUCUCAGUCUGGAGAAAAAUGGCCCGCUCAAGGUGUUUCCAGGCUCUUCCACACCCAUCACUAAUGAUGAUUUACAAGCCGUGACCAACGACAUGAGCAACACCUCGCAUCGCAUCAUUAAAUUUAAUGUGAUUCAGCCUCCAAAACUGGGACGUCUGGUGGGGAAGCACCCUGACGGAGCCACAGUAGACAUCUCUACUUUCACCCAAGAUAUGGUGGACAGGAAAGAGGUUGUGUAUGUUCAAAGUGCCAUUGAAUCAGUGGGCUGGGAAGCCAUGGACUCCAUGACCUUGUCCGCAGCGUCUCCACCUGCCUCUUUGGAUGGGCAAACCUUCAAGAUAGACAUCUCCUAUGAGAAUACAGGACCUGAACACAACACAGUCCUCCUCGCAAACACAGGUGCCGAGGUCAAAGAAGGAGAGAGUGUUGUCAUUGAUAAGAACAAGCUGGAUGCCUCUAAUCUGAUGUCCAAGCUGCCAACCCCGGAUCGGAGCUCUAAUGAGGUCUGGUUUCAGGUGACCUCUCUACCUGAACAUGGCGUCAUUGUUGUGGGAGAGAGAAACCUCACUAAAGAGAAACCCAACUUCUCCCAGUUUAUCGUCAGCAAAUACGGCAUCACCUACAAGCACGACAACUCUGAGAGCACACGGGAUUCCUUUGAGUUCAGUGUAUGGGUGAAUCCCAAAGGCAGCACCGCACAACGUCCUCAAGAGGACAAGGAUGUUGUUGUGGAGCAUUUCAAUAUCACAAUUACACCGAUUAAUGACCAGCCUCCUCUGCUGAAAACCAAAUCUCCAGGUCUGACGGUGGUGCAGGGAGAUGUUGUUGCUCUGGGACCUGAGAACCUUAAAGUCGAAGACUUGGACAAUCCUCCUGAGGACAUCAGGUUCUCUGUGAUUAGCAAACCGGGCAAUGGUUACCUAGCUUUGGAGGGAACAUUGAAUGAGUCUGCAGUAGAGUUCACUCAAGCUCAAAUCAACAACAGAAGUGUCUUUUUCAUCCACGAUGGCAGCUCCGGCUCCGGGGUGUUCUACUUCAGCGUCUCUGACGGUCAUCACAAACCGAUAUACAAACUCUUUAACCUGGAAGUGACCGAAAUCUCCAUCUCUCUGGUCAACUAUAGCAGGGUGUUAUUGCAGCAAGGUGAGACCUCUGCUUCUUUGACGCAUUACAACCUUGCAGCUGUGACCAACGGAAAAAAUUCCACCAUGCACUACGAGAUUACAAAACCUCCAGCAUUUGGAAAACUUCUAAAGGACAACCAGAAGAUCACCCAGUUCACUCAGGAGGAUUUACAGACUGGUAGAUUGUCCUACCACAUGACCUCCCUGUCCUCCUCAGAAGACAGCUUUGAGUUUAGCGUCUUCACCUCAGAAGCGAAUCUGACCGCUAACAUCCUAAAUGUAUCUGUUACCCCUAGGAUACAUUUUUCUCCAGAUUUGAGGAUCCCCAAUGGAGUGACUUCCAAAUUGAACCCCAGUUUUGUCAACGUGUCUGAACUGGCUGGGAUCAGUAACAGUGACCCUGUUUUCAGCAUUAUUUCCCAUCCUAAGUAUGGUAAAGUUGUUCAGACAAAACCAAAAAUGGCUGUCAAGAUCCUGGAGUCCUUCACCUUUCAGGAUUUGUUGCAACAGGAAGUCGGGUUGGAGCUAAAUGCUAACAUUUCUGGAGCUGAGGGGCUAAAUGACUCAGUGGUAUUUAUACUGAAAGCUGACAAUGUUCAACCUGCUAGAGGGGAAUUCCAUUUCACAGUGGUUCCGUAUGACCCUGUGCUUUUUCCAACCACAAAGAGCCCACUCUCAACCCCGUCACCAGCUCCUCAGAUUCCUGUGAAGAUUAGCCGGAAUGGAACCGUUUCCCCAUCUCUGUCUACAGUUCUGCUCUCCACCCAACCCAGCAAGAGUCAGCAAAAGUUCAAAGGGCGCAACCGCUGGGGGAACUCGAGCAGAACUUCUCUGUACAGUACGACUUUGGGCAAACCAUCCCCACCGGAGGAGUUUCCCUUUCGAAACACGCCGGUUCGUGUCGAGUCCUACCCUCGAAAAUCCUCCAAUCCACUUCUGGUCAUCUUACCACUGCUGGCCCUUCUUCUGCUUAUAAUCAUCUUUGUGGUUCUGGUGGUCUUCCUGCGACACCACAGACAGAGAAAGCAAAACGCUGCUUCCUCUCGUGAGUCAUCGGAUCCUUCCUUUCCAAGCAGCCAAUCUUUCGCCGGGCCGUCUCAGAGGAGCACCACGGUCCCUGAAGUAACUGUCACUCCGUUAAACCCCACCGGAAGCCCUGUUCUGGAUCGGUUCUCAAAUCGAGGCUCGCCGUAUAACUCUGCUGAUUCAAAUCUCCUCGUGAGCUCCUGGAGCAAUGGCUCCACUGCAACAUCCUCCCAAAUUAUUAGAACUGCCACUCCAACCCUGCAGAGGAGCCAGUACUGGGUGUGACAUUCCCUGAAAAACUGGAAGAACGACGGCACAAUCAAAGAAAAUGAGUGAUGAAUGAUGUUAUCAGAUUAGUCAUAGAGAUUAGUUAUUUAUUCUAAAUCUGCAUCUGAUCCUCAAUGACUCUCAGCUGGCAGAAGUAUCAGUCAAACACUGCAGAUUGAUGGAGAAAUGUGGCGUAACAAAGCAAGAUUUAUUUAAUCCUUCUGCUCAUGAAGGUUUCUAAGGUGGGCUCCAUCUUUGUUUCUCUUUAAGCGUUCCUGCUCAGAGAUCUCAGAGAGAAUUCUGCUUCUGAACAUAUCAUAGGUUCAACAUGCCACAACACUGACCCCACAUGUCUGUUACAUCAGUUAUUACCUGUGGAGAAACAUCUAACUCCUCCAGUGUGAGGAGAAAAAUGAAAAACUUUGCCCAUGUCUGUUAAGGGAGCGCUGGCAGAGACCGUCCUGAUAUCAUUGCAAAACCGGAACUACAGCGGUUAAUAGUGUGGUGUUUAUCUUUUCUUAUAUCUCUUUGUGUCUGGGAAAUCUGCUGCCUCCUGUGAAUGAAAUGAUUUUUUUAAGGCGGAUGAAAUAUUGAAACCACAACCACUGACUGUGGAAAAACUGGUUACCCAGCAUGGACUGCUGCACUCUCGGUAUGAUGAAUGCAUUUACUUCAGAGUUUGCACAGCUGACGUGAACCGGCUCUAAGCUACGUUUGUACUGCCUCCAUUGUUGAGUGGUCCUCAUGCAUGCUGAAGCUUCACAGCCUGAAACUGAAUGACUGAGACCCACAUUGGAACAGAGAUUUAUCAUCUUCAGGCCGUGUCACGCAGCCACUACAUGCAUUUUGUGCAUUUACCACGUAUGAAAUUUCGGUCUUUCCUGCGUCACAUACGUAGUGUUUCUUGAGAACGCCAUUCAUCAAUUUGCGCAGACGUCCGUCGAAAUUUUCGGCCGUCGGGUCUUUACGUGAAUUUGGUUUUGAGUUGCUCAAAGUUUUUGAUGAGUUGAGAAAUACAGUUUAUGUGUAUUUUACUUAGUUCAUACGCAAUUAUUAUGUCAAUCUUACGCAAUUGUGUGCGAUUUUUGCGAGAUGCCUAAACAAAUUUGUGGUUUUCUAUGACAGUUCCACGUUUGUCUAACAGGCUUUUCACGCACAUAACUUUAAUAUACGGCACACAUAAAUUUACGUAAUCAACACAAAAAUCACUAAUGAAUUGCUUAUCAAUAAUCAUGCACUGUUCAUGUUCUACGUUGUUUUCACGUUUCUUUGUGUGGUCUAUUCGUACUUCUUUCCUGGUUUUAAAUUGGUUCAGUUGUGAUACAUCACCACAGCUUUUCUCACUUUUUCCACGUAUGACCAAUUUUCAUCCGAGGAAUAAGCGCAACAUGUACGUAGUGGCUGUGUGACACGGCCUUUAUUAAUCUGAUUGUUCAGAUCUUUUGUGCUUUUCACUGGAAGUUGUAGUUACUUUUGUAAGCUCAGGUAUUUGUUAGCAGUUACUUCAUGGUUGUGCUUGUCGUCAUGACGACUGAACCCUGUGAAAGCGCCAUUUGAGCUUUGCAGCAUCAAAACGGCGUGCUCUGGAUCACUGAUUUUUUUUUUGUUUUUGUUUUUUUUUUUUUACAUCUGUUGAAAAUGAACACAUUAUUGGUGUAGCUUUCAUUUGACUUGACACUGUUUUUAUUUUUGAAAUCCUUGCAGGCACUGAUUUUAAUGUAUUAAGCCUUAUUUUCCAACUUGAGAAUGAUGAGUGAAUUCAGCAUUUUUCUGUUCAAACUAUGCCACUUACUGAAAAGUAUUUUCAAGAUGAUUUAAAAAAAACAAGCUGGAAGGAAUGCAGAAUUAAACAUACCUGCAUAAGUUCCUGCUGAGGGUUUUGACUCCAUGGACUGAAGGUUACGCUGCUUGAAAGUGUCCGUUCUGCUGCUGCGACAAUCUGAAAAUUCAGAAACCCUUCUGUAUUACCUGUAGCCUAACGUGUAUUCCAGUGUGAUCUAAAUCAUGUGACUUGUGUAACAGAAGUGUCAUAUUUAUUAAUACAUUUAUUUUUAUUAAACAGAACAACGAUAAUCAACA